GCGCGCCCCGCCCGCGCUCGGCGGUGCGGGAUGGGGCGAUGGCGCGGGCGGGCGCGGGGCCGCCGCGGGAGCUGUCCCUGGAGGAGGUGCUGAAGUGCUACGAGCAGCCGCUGAACGAGGAGCAGGCUUGGGCGCUCUGCUUCCAGGGCUGCCGCGCCGCCGCCGCCUCCCCCGUGGCCCCCGCGCCGCUCCGCACCGCCGACAUCCGCCUCCGCGCCGACGGCUCCCUCCGCCUGCCCGCCCCGCCGCACGACCUGCCCGCGCUGCUGACGCCCUCUGCCGAAGCCCAGAUGGUGCAGUCGCUGGGCUUUGCCGUGUACCGGGCGCUGGACUGGGGACUGGACGAGAACGAGGAGCGGGAGCUGAGCCCGCGCCUGGAGCAGCUCAUCGACCUGAUGACCAACAGCGACUCCGAGGACAGCGGCUGCGCCACGGCCGACGAGGGCUACGGGGGGCAGGAUGAGGAGGAGGAGGGGGGCGAGGGGCCGCCCCGCUCCGUGCGCACCUUCGGUCAGGCCAUGCGCUGCUGUGCCGCCCGCCUGGCCGACCCCGCCGGCGCCCCGGCGCACUACCAGGCUGUCUGCCGUGCCCUCUUCGCAGAGACCGUGGAGCUCAUGGCCUUCCUCGCCAAGAUCCGCGAUGCCAAGGAGCUGCUGCAGAAGCUGAAGGAGGAUGAGGAAGAGGAGGAGCGGCCAGCAGCAGAGCUGGGCAACCUGCGCAACACAGACUGGGCCCGGCUGUGGGUGCAGCUGAUGCGGGAGCUGCGGCACGGGGUGAAGCUGAAGAAGGUGCAGGAGAAGCAGUUCAACCCUCUGCCCACCGAGUACCAGCUCACUCCCUUCGAGAUGCUCAUGCAGGACAUCCGCGCCCGCAACUACAAACUGCGCAAGGUCAUGGUGGAUGGAGACAUCCCCCCCCGGGUGAAGAAAGAUGCCCACGAGCUCAUACUUGACUUCAUCCGCUCCCGGCCCCCCCUGAAGCAGGCAUCAGAGCGGCGGCUGCGGCCACUGCCCCAGAAGCAGAGGACGCUCCAUGAGAAGAUCCUGGAGGAGAUCAGGCAGGAGCGGAAGCUCCGGCCCGUGGAGCAGAAAGGUUACAGCUCCUUGCCCUGCAUCCCACACGCCUGUGCCGGCCACCUGACCUCCAGCUCCUGCCUGGAGCUGUCCCUGUGCCCGGCCAGCGCCAUGCCUGUGCGCCCACGGCCACGUGUCCUGCUCAAGGCGCCCACCCUGGCCGAGAUGGAGGAGAUGAACCUCUCCGAGGAUGAGGACUCUCCGGCCACGGAGGUGCCGCUGAAGCGGGAUCGCUCCUUCUCGGAGCAGGACCUGGCACAGCUGCAGAGCCAGCUGGGGGGUGACCAAGCUGUGCCUCGGGAGCCAGAGCCGCUGCAGCCCGAGCCCCGGCCCCGCUCAGGCUCCGUCCCCGCCAGCUGCCACCCGCUGCCAGAUGGCCCAGCAGUGCCCCGAGCUGCCCUCAGUGCUGUGGAGGAGAGGCCAGAGGAUGGAUCCAGUGCUGGCCCCGCCAGCAGCUCCAAGCACCUCUGGCUGGAGUUCAGCCACCCUGUGGAGAGCCUGGCCCUGACCGUGGAAGAGAUGAUCAACGUGCGCAGGGUGCUGGUCAAGGCUGAGAUGGAGAAGUUCCUGCAGAGCAAGGAGCUGUACAGCAGCCUGCGGAGGGGGAAGGUCUGCUGCUGCUGCAGGGCCAAGUUUCCUCUCUUCUCCUGGCCCGCGUCGUGUUUCUUCUGCAAACGGUCUGUCUGUAGCUCCUGCAGUCUAAAGAUGAAGAUGCCUUCCAAGAAGCUGGCUCACAUCCCCGUCUACGCGCUGGGCUUCGAGAGCCUGCCGGGCUCGCUGCUGCCCAAGGCCCCGCCGCUGCGCCGGAGGGAGCCCUUCCACUCACUCUCGGGGCCGUGCUGGCGCCGGGUGGAGGAGGAAUUCCCGCACAUCUACGCCCAGGGCUCGGUCCUGCGCGACGUCUGCUCCGACUGCGCCGGCUUCGUCACGGACGUGGUCAGCUCCAGCCGCCGCAGCGUGGCCGUGCUCAACGCCAGCGCCGCGUCCCGGCGCCACGCCAAGGCCCGCUCCCUCUACAGCGACGCGUGGCUCAAGUGAAGGACCGGGCGCCCCGGUGACGGUCGCCACGGGGGUGCCGGUCACCCCGGCACGGCCCCCCGAUGUACAUAUAUACAUAGGAUGGAUACACACAGCUUCUAUAUUUAUAUACAUUAUGGACCAGGGGGCAAAAGGAGCCGAUCCCGCUGUCCCUGCCAUCCCCUUCUGUCCCUGCCACCAGCCCCCGCGGGGAUGGAUCCUGCCGUGGGUCACCGGCAGCGCCCGGGAGGACGGAUGUGCUGCGGGGCAGCUCUUGGGGGAUGGAUCCUGCUGUGGGACACAGCCCCCGCGUUCGCCCCCCGGCCCCGCUUCUGUGCCAAGCCCUGGCUGUGCCGGGGUGCCCGGUGCCCUGGGCUGGCACGGCUGUUCUGUAUGUCCCCUCCAUAAUAAACCCGCUGGGCUGCCCUGGGGCCGCGUGGCUGCUCCUGAGUGGAUGGGGGAGCGGGGUGAAAGGUGCUACGGGCUGUGAGCGGAUCGGGGAUGGGGGCACUCCAUCUCACCGUGCACAUCUCCCACCGCCAUCCCUCUUCCCCCCCGGGCUGUGCCCACCCGUGACCCCGCACGGCACCGUGGGAACACCCCGCUUCCAAUUCCCACGCCCCCUCCGCGCUCCCAGCCGCGGCUCCCCAGCGUGUCCCUCGGUCCCGGCCGUGUGCCGGGGCACUGUCCCGCUGCCGUGCCCCGGGCCGUGUCCCUCGGUCCCCAGGCGUGUCCCGGGCCGUGUCGCGGGGCCGUGUCCUGUGGCCGUGUCUGUGGCCGUGUCCCGGGGCCGUGUCCGUGGCCGUGUCCCGGGGCCGUGUCCCGGGCUGUGUCUAGGCUGUGUCUGUGGCCGUGUCCCGGGGCCGUGUCCCUGGGCUGUGUCGCGGGGCCGUGUCCCUCGGUCCCCAGGCGUGUCCCGGGCCGUGUCCGUGGCCGUGUCCGUGGCCGUGUCCCGGGCCGUGUCCCGGGCCGUGUCCCGGAGCGGUGUCCCGUGGCCGUGUCCCGGGCCGUGUCCCUGGGCCGUGUCCCGGGCCGUGUCCCGGGCCGUGUCCCGCCCGCCCCGCGGGCUCGCCCCGUUCCCACGCUGCGCCUUCCGGGACACUCCACGCGACGGAGCG